GCUACAAAUGCCAGCCAUGCCCUGUACUGUUAGCUAAGUCACAAAGACAAGCAUGUUUUAUUCGUUUUUGUUCCAUUUGAUAGGCAUCCUCUUUCUCCCUAUUAACAGUAGUACUAUCUUCUUCAGAUCGAGAAGAUUCUAUUUCCCGGCCUAGCACUUUGCAUGCCUGCUCACGCAGUUAGCUAGCCAGCCCUACCCUCCUCCAAAAGUUCUUCAAUAUUCACGUACUGGCCUCAAUUAUUUUCUGAUAUCAUAUCUUGAGCAAUGAACAUGACGACAACCAAGAAGAUGAGAGGCUUCAAGUUCAUGUGCCAGUCUCCGGCAGCAACUGAGGUACUGUGCAUGACCGACGAUUCUCGCUCGGUGAUUGUGCCCAGAAAGUCUGAUCAGAGAACUCUCCGUACUUCUGAUAACAAACGGUACUUACUCAGCAAUGGCGACUACUCUAGGUUCGUUGAGUCCCCUAAUUAUAGUAAGAGAUUGGAUAUUUCUGUGCCUCGCCUCAAAAGAGAAUAUCAAGAUGCGGACCUUAAUCAGCAAAAGCCUGCUCAUGAUCUCCAGAUCAAACCAUCUUCAGUACUUGCUUCCUCAGAUAAUGUCUACCAGGUUGUUGUGAUGCGGGUAUCAAUUCAUUGUCAAGGCUGUGCUGGCAAACUCAAGAGGCAUCUGUCCAAAAUGGAAGGAGUUACAUCAUUCAGUAUAGAGCUAGAGACAAAGAGGGUGACGGUGAUGGGACACGUUUCACCGGCCGGAGUUCUGGAGAGCAUUUCAAAGGUGAAGAAGGCGGAGUUUUGGCCCACCCUAGCUAGCGAGCUAACUGUUGAAUCAUCCAUCCAUCCAUCGAUUACCUCAAAUGACUAGCUGCUAGCUGAAUCGGUCGGAGGACUAGUUUAAUUGCAAAUGAGUUCCAAUAUCUGAAACGCUAUAUAUAUUAUAUAUAUAUAUAUAUAUUAAUUUUUUGUCCAUCUUCGCUUUUGCUUUUAGGUCUCCAUUAUUAAAUUUGGUCAUUAUCAUGUUCAUGGUAGAACAGACAGUACUGGAAAAGGCCAGGUGGGCAUGCAUGCAGAAAUUCGACAUAUGUUAAGUUCAUUUAUUGAUUACCGUGACAUGAUUUAUAUAUGCAAUAUGUGCCGGUUAUGACAAA